AUGCAGUACGUCAGGAGUAUCAGCGGUUCGGUCUCCAAGACCUGGAAUUCGAUCAAUCCGGCCACACUAAGCGGAGCCAUCGAUGUCAUUGUCAUCGAACAGGAAGAUGGAACGCUUGCGUGCUCACCUUUCCACGUCCGAUUCGGCAAGUUCUCUUUGCUCCGGCCAUAUGAGAAGAAGGUGGAAUUCAAAGUCAAUGGCGUCAAACAAGAUUAUGCGAUGAAAUUGGGCGAGGGCGGGGAGGCUUUCUUCGUCUUUUCUACGACGGAUGAAAUACCGGAAUCGAUGCAGACGUCGCCCCUGAUAUCACCGCUAUCUAGUCCGAAAAUGCGCAGCGAGGAAAACUUAUCCUCAUUCCAGGAACCAGAAUACCUGGACUUAGAUCAAUCUAAAGGAGCGAACCACCCCCCGCUGGUGUCUAGGACUGCUCGGGCGACUAGCGACUUGGGACUGGUUACACCAGUAUCCCAAUCCGAUGACGGCAGUCCAGAGAGACCCGCCCGAGGCUCAUUCGGAGCUGAUGGGAAGUUGGAUCGUGCGCUUUCUGAUGGCAUCCUACCGGCUGGAAGCCACUCCCGCAGCAACAGUGCGGGCGACUAUAAUUUUCCGCUCCAGCGACCCGAAUCAGCCGUUUCAGACGAAGGUCCUGAUCACCUUCGACGCUCCCAAAGUCCUCCUCCGGUGUCUCUGAAAGAGGCUGCAACACGGGCGAUGACUUUGUCCCAGAAGCUUUCAGCAUCCAAUAUUCCUUCGCGUGUUACUGACAACGGUGACCUCAUGCUGGACAUGACGGGUUAUAAGAGUAAUGAGGAGGAUGCUCUCCGAGCGGAAGUACUUGCACGAAAAAUCCUUGCAGAGGAACUGGAAGGGAAUUAUGACAUAGGGGCUCUUAUCGGGGCGGAUGAGCACGGAAACCUCUGGAUAUACAGUAGCGAAGACGCGAAGGCGGCGGCCGAUCGCCGCGCUACACUCAACGCUAUGCGGCCCAGCUCCGCCAUGAGCGAUAAUGCGAUCUCUGAUCCCGGGUAUCAUAGCGACAGCGACAACUCUCUUCGCGACCCUUCGUUUGCGAUGCGGCACCACCGUGCGAAAUCUGACGUCCAACCGGGAUUUCCUACACCGCCGCAAUCGCCCCCCCAUACUUUGCCAGCUGAACCUGUCCGAAAUUAUGCGAAGACCCUGAGACUUACAAGCGACCAGCUCAAAGCAUUGCAGCUGAAGCCCGGCAUCAACGACAUGUCCUUCAGCGUGAAUAAAGCUACAUGCACAGCCAACAUGUAUCUCUGGCGCGGAGACACCCCAAUUGUCAUCUCAGAUAUUGAUGGAACUAUCACAAAAUCGGAUGCUCUGGGCCAUGUCCUGAACAUGAUCGGUCGAGAUUGGACUCACGCUGGCGUGGCCAAGCUGUAUACUGACAUUGUAAAUAACGGGUACAACAUCAUGUACCUUACUAGCCGAUCGGUCGGUCAGGCAGAUACUACUCGUUCAUACAUCUAUGGCGUCAACCAAGAUGGAUACAGACUUCCGAAAGGGCCCACUAUCAUGAGCCCGGACCGGACGAUGGCGGCCCUCCGCCGAGAAAUCUAUCUGAGAAAACCCGAGGUGUUCAAGAUGGCUUGCCUGCGGGAUAUCCUGGGCCUUUUCAAUGGAAAGGAAAAUCCUUUCUAUGCAGGCUUUGGCAACAGGCUUACGGAUGCGCUCAGCUACCGGUCUGUGAACAUCCCGUCGAGCAGGAUAUUCACCAUCAACUCUAACGCGGAGGUUCAACUGGACCUCUUGAGUCUAAAUAAGUACAGGAGUAGCUACGUUUCCAUGCGUGAGCUAGUAGAUCACUUUUUUCCUCCAGUCAGCUUGCUGGUCCAAGCUGGCGGUGAAGAAUAUACCGAUUUCACAUACUGGAGGGACGUUCCACGAGACCUUGACGAUAUUUCAACAACGGACAGCGAAGAUAAAAGCCAGGCGGAUGAAGAGAACGAUGUGGAGGAUGAGUACGAGGACGAGCUGAGCGAUGAAGGCAGCGAACUCGAUGAUGAGGAGAUCGCCGAGGAAGACUUCGGAGCUAGUUUCAUCUCCCAGGCUACGGAUCCGUAUGAGGAGGCCGAGACACACAGCAAUGCUUCGGGCGACGAAGAAGAUAUCGAGGAGGAAGAGGAAGAACCCACCAUAUCGAUCCAUGGGAAAGAUUCAACUCCGUCCACACCUCGCAGAUGA